UAGGAGGAAACCCGGGUCGCUAGCCCGGGGCGUGGCUUCAAUUUCAAUAACUUUAUUGGCGGCCUUAUCUGUAGAACAGCCAUCGCACCAUUGGUCCCGGGAGGAGGCAGAGCAUCGCGGGAGGUGAUUGGGGUGGCCCCCGACUCGAGCUGCACCGCCAUGGGAAACACCACCAGCGACCGGGUGGCCGGGGAGCGCCACGGCGCCAAGGCUGCGCGAGCCGAGGGCGCCGGCGGCCAUGCCCCGGGCAAGGAACAUAAGAUCAUGGUGGGGAGCACCGAUGACCCCAGCGUCUUCAGCCUGCCGGAUUCCAAGCUCCCUGGGGACAAAGAGUUUGUAUCAUGGCAGCAGGAUUUGGAGGACUCCGUAAAGCCCACACAGCAGGCCCGGCCCACUGUUAUCCGCUGGUCUGAAGGAGGCAAGGAGGUCUUCAUCUCUGGGUCCUUCAACAAUUGGAGCACCAAGAUUCCACUGAUUAAGAGCCAUAAUGACUUUGUUGCCAUCCUGGACCUCCCUGAGGGAGAGCACCAGUACAAGUUCUUUGUGGAUGGACAGUGGGUUCAUGAUCCAUCAGAGCCUGUGGUUACCAGUCAGCUUGGCACAAUUAACAAUUUGAUCCAUGUCAAGAAAUCUGAUUUUGAGGUGUUUGAUGCUUUAAAGCUAGAUUCAAUGGAAAGCUCAGAGACAUCUUGUCGAGACCUUUCCAGCUCACCCCCAGGGCCUUAUGGUCAAGAAAUGUAUGUGUUUCGAUCAGAGGAGAGAUUCAAAUCCCCACCCAUCCUGCCUCCUCACCUUCUCCAAGUUAUUCUUAACAAGGACACUAAUAUAUCUUGUGAUCCAGCCUUGCUCCCCGAGCCCAAUCAUGUUAUGCUGAACCAUCUCUAUGCACUGUCCAUUAAGGACAGUGUGAUGGUCCUUAGCGCAACCCAUCGCUACAAGAAGAAGUAUGUCACUACUCUGCUGUACAAGCCCAUCUGAAGGGAUUCCUUCCUGCCUCCCAGGAUUCAGCAGAAGCAUCUCCCUUGCCUUUCUGGACUAGACCAGUCUUACCUGGGGCUGGAAGGCUGAUUUGCUUUGAGGCUAAUAUGUGUGUUUCAGUGCCUCUGAGUAGGAUGCUCUGCUUUUGCGUUUGAUUGCAAAUGAGAGCUUUAGGAGUUCAUGGAAUUUAUUUUAAGAAAAAAUCAUAUAUAUAUAUACACACACACACACACACACACACGCACGCACAUGAGAGGAAAGUUAAUGGAAGCCUUCUAGCUAGAUGUAUUCUCUCUGCCUGUGGGAACUCACCAAGACCUGCUGGGGAGAGCUGCAGGAAGAACCAUAACAGGAAGCUUUUUUCCUAAAGUGAAUGAAGAGCAAACUCAGGAUCCUUGUUGGGUGGAGAUUCUAUCACUGCUACCUUGGCUCUCCAAGGGAUGGACUUGUGCCAGACUGCUGCCCUACUUACAGCUGCCUCCUUGCAGGAGCAGCUUUUCUUGCAUGGGUUCUCUGUAUUCCCAGAGUAUGUGCACAAUCUGUGUUUUUUAUAUGAUACCAGGUGCCCCACAAGAACCCUUUUUCCUCUCAUUUCACAUUCUUGCUUUGUUAACCUCCUUCAGAUCCUAUAUCUGACCCUUGCCUAACACAAAACUCAGUGGGUAAGUGACCCCUUUCAAAGGCUGUGUGAGACCUGACCCACCUUACAGACUAGGGCUGCCAGAAAGUCUCCUUUUUAAGCUCAGCACAGGCCCAUGACACUUUGUUACCACUUAUUUUAACUUCUACUGAAGAAAAUAUGGCUCAGCAUUAUAUGAAAGGCAGAAUGCAGGUCUACUUUUUUGUUUUGGUUUGGUGCCACAGUUUAGGCUGUAUUGGCACAUUCCCAUACUUUUUCCCACCUGGUUUGGCCCUGCUUCCAUGUUUUCUUUCACAGAGCAGAUAGCUUUGAAGGUAGGAGUGAAACCAGGGAAAACUUUCCUGUCUUUCGUUCUUGUAAGAUUUUUAUGUGCCUACAUUUUUCUUUUAUCAAAAAAUGCCUUUUCAUUGGUCUUAAGAGACUGCAUUUGGAGAACUUCAGGCUUAUGAUAAAUUGCUCCCAAUAUUUUCUUCUCUAGUCUAGCCCCCUACAGUGUUACAUUAAUGAGGCUGACUCUGUGUACAUCAUUACAGUAAACAUUGCUCUAGAUACAGACCCAUUCAAACUCAUUCCAUGUACCUAAAAGGGUCCCUCAACUUAAAGAUUCAUUAGGCCAAGAGGCAAGAAAUUACCCUUCGUGUUCCCAGCCAUGAAAAGUAUCACUUUCAUGCACUAAAUGCUAACAAGAGUUAUCUUGUUCUUCUGUAUCUUCCAGAAAGUGUUGAUGAAGUGGGGUCAGUGAUUUCCAUUUGCGGAGUAAAAAGUAUCUAUUCAAUCCACUCUUGAGAUUCAGAGAUAAGAUACUUUUCCCCAAGUUUCUGUGGCUCUUCCAUUACAGAUAAAUACAAGCCAAACAUUCAAUACUGAAGGAGGCUAAACUUGUUGCUGGAGAGGCUCCUUGACUGCUAAGAUGAGCCCAGCCCCACUGAAAGGGCACCCACAGGUAAAUGAGCUACCUCCUGUCUUUCCCAUGUAAAGCUGAUGAUACAGUUUGUCUUCGGGUAUGUAGAACUCUUAGAUCCCGUGUGUGAGGCAGUAGGGUAUGGGAUUGUUGUCUUCGCUGGGAAUGCAAAUUGCUAAGUGCUUUGGUGGUUAAUUGCUGAGAGUAAAUAUUGCUUUAGCCACGCAAGGCCACCGUCUGCCUCAGAAGGCUUUUGUGGAGAACAUUUUAUGGUUCCAAUCACUUUUAGAAUGGUGUGCCGUUUAAAAACUCCAGGCCAACCUCUGUUACUACCAACUCUCAGGAUCUACGUUGUCUUCAGUUAUACUAGGAUUUUGUUUUUUCCGUUACCCAUUAAACAAGUGGGCCACUUAGAAGGAUUUAAAAUCUUGGUUGUUACAUAGAGGAUUCUGUUGUACUCAUAUGUCUUGUCAGCAGUAUUGACAUGUAAUUUGUCUGUGUGUUCCUGUAUUAAAAUCUCUAUUCUGCACAGAUAGAUCAUUAGAGUGUGGUAGGAAAAGAGAUUCCUUCAAUUUCUCUCAGGCCAGAGGCUUCUGUGAAAUGGGUCUGUCUCCAGUGACAGUAGGUUUUGGUGCUGGUGACCUUCAGAUCUUUCUCAUCUGGAAAUGUGUAGAAAGUGCCAGUUUUCCAAAUUCUGAGGUAAUCUUUCAGCCAGAUGUGAAAGUGGAGCCUACCAGCUGGUAUGGAAAGGGACCAGUAAGAGGAAUUGGAUGAUGACUCGUUCAGCCCUGUCCCUUCUCUGUACUGCUGAUUAACAUACCGUGGCCUUGAGAAUUCCUAUCAUACUCUCAGUCUGUCCCCUAGAAACUGUUCUAGAAGGUUGAGAGGGAGGGAGGAAGGUACCCAAGAGUACAGCUCACUCAUUCUUUUAUAUUGGUUAAAGGGAUAGUUUAUUUUCUGCAGAAGAAUUUGACAGAUUUUGAAAAUGAAUAAAGGCAAAAAAAUUUUUUAGGGUUUUCUUAUUUGUUUUGCCUGUAAGAGUUUCACAGUCAAAGAGUAAGAAUGUAAUUCUUAGGGAGGGCUGACUCUUGAACUGUAUCAUGGUUUAGGAGUUAUGGGAAAAAGAAAGAGUAACUGAGCUGAGGAGUGGUACUAGGAAAGUUAAGGCUUAAGUAACUCAGAACUAAAAAUAUCCUUUUUAAAAUUAAAUCAAACAUAUACUGGUGUCUUUGGAUUUCAUUGUACAGAAUUUACGGUAUAAAAAAUCUUUUUCUUGUUUCUAUUUUCUACACUUUCUUCUAUGUUGUGCUUUAACUUCACGUGUCAGGCAGACUUUACCAGGGUCUAAAGUCAAACAUUACCUAAAACAAAUAUUAGUCAUCUUGCUGGUAAGGAGAACUUCUGUGUCAUGGUUAUUAGCUUGUUUUAAGCUUAAAGUUGAAUGGGAUUUAAUCACUGUAGGCAAAACCCCUGAAGGUCAUACCUGGCCUCAACAGUGUUGGCUUUUUUUUUAAAACAAUGCUUAUAUAUGGUAAAGAAGCUCUGUAAAAGAAGAAUCCAAGAGAGGUUUCUGACAGGAUCCUACAAACCCAGGCCCACUCACUUCACCCCAAUUAUUUCUAGUCUCGUAGACCUAAUGGAUCUGAGAUAAAAUCUUUGAAAAGUGUUGGUACUCCACAUAUGCUGCUAAAAUGAAGUUAAAUUCAGAAAGAAGUGUUACCUCUAGACUGGGCUUAUAUUAAUCUGGGUAUAAAUGAAGGAGACAUAUUAAUGAUAGAAUCCCCUGCUUUUAAUUGGGGAAGUAGAGUUUUUAAAUUUUUGACCUCAACUAAAAAUGAUAUGCAAUAGUCUAUGUUUGUGUAUGUUUGAAAUACAUUCUAUUCUCAGAGAUUUCUAAAUCCUCACGUUCCAGUGAUUUGGGGCCUAGGCUUAAGAGCAGAUACACAGUUGGUCCCUGCAUUAUUGUGACUCAUCCUUAAAGCUGAGUUGUUGCUGUUUUCUAGGAACUGCUGACUCUAGUUACCCAUGGGAUGGAGGACCUGGGAGGGAUAGGAGUUAGGGUCUUUUAAAACUCUGGAUCUAGGCAUUUGUCUCUCCUUAAGCACCAGUCACAACUAGAGGUUGAAGGGCUGUGAUUUCUGCAAUGAACUCAAACUUUUGGAGUAAAAAGGCCAAAUCUUUAAAAAUUAUAAGAAAAAAGAAAGAAAAGGAAAAAACUCCAAGAGUCUGUUACUUACGAAAUCCAAUUCUUCGCAGUGGAAUCCCUCUAGGAUUCAAAUUUGGGCUUUGUCUUGAUUUGCUUUACUCAGUUGUGCUUUGAAUGAAUAAGUUUUGUUAAAAAUUAAAUUUUGUUUUAGUUCCAACAUUAGUUGGAGUCGAAUUUUGUGUAGCACAGUGCUUUUGCAGUAAGACUGAUAUGAAAAACUAAAUGCUAUGUGGAUUUUAUAGUCAGGUUAAAAUGGUCGAGGAGGUACCUACUAUAAGUAUUACAUUAUGUGUUCAUCAUCUUAUUUCUUUUCUAUUCCCAUCUACAGAACACCUACCCAGGUUGCGGUUUUAGAACAGCCAAAGCUCACUAAUGUUGAUUAGUCCUAAUCUCCACACUGGGCCCCAUAUGUGAAACUUGUUUGAAUUUUGGUAAAUUGGAGAAUGUUGGUUGUUACUACACUGAAGCAUUUUGAGUGAGUACAGCUCUGUUAUAAAGGGGGAAUAAGACUAUAAAGGGAAUUAAAUAUGUGAGUCCUCCUUUAAAUGGUGCUUUUUGUAACCUUCAGUGCUGCGAUACAGAGCUGCUUUUCAGUAUUUCACAAAGGAGUGGCAUACAAGAAUGAAUUUUAAAGCUUUUCUCCAAAUGUAAUUUUUCACCGGACUCUGACGUGUCUGAAAAUUGUGUGAUAUAACACAUACAGAAAUGUGAGGGGGUUUUUUCCAUAAAACUUGAAUAAAAGUAUUAUACAGCAAUAAUA